CUGUUCCUCUCUCCUCCUGUCCGUCCGAUCCUCUCAUAAACGGCGCUUGUAACAAAGACGAGACAACAACAAGGGGGUGAUGGGAGCGCACUCAGCACGGCCGACAGACAGACAUUUAUGAAUUGAAUUGAUCUCACCGGAUAUUAAUUAUUUAUUUAUUUAUUUGUCACUUUCAACGACCGUUUUUUUAAGUUUUCCUCGUGACGCGAGCGGAGUUUACGCCGAGCGGCUUUCUGACUUUCCAAAGAGAAGUAGUUCAAGAUGCUAGGCUCAUCGUAGACCCGAAAAAACCAAAGCGGAACAGUCAAAAACCUUGAUUUGGUGAUGAUGAAAUUCCCACACAUCCCAGUCCUCUGACUCUUUCCUGAAACAGAAAGCAACCAUCAGCUGCGAUGUCUGUCCAGGAAUGGCCUGCGUCGCUCCUCAAGCCAGAGGUCAAACCAAAACCAGAAAUUCCUCCUGGACUGCUACACAGGACCUCCCCUUCACCUGUGGGCGGAGGCUCCACGCAUGGAAAGGUAAAGAAAAUAGCAAAAAGGUUCACCAAGCAGGACUCCAGCGAAGCAGCAGGAAAGCAGCUGGUGACUGGUGCCGCAGAACUCUCGCCAAGCACGCAGGUGAAAAAACCACCUGAGACGAGACCCAAACCUAACAGCAUUGCCUCAAAACCCGAGGCGCCGCCGCUGCCCAAGAAGAGGAGCCGCUUCCUGCGGAGACAGACGGAGAGCAUAGGAGAGGAGAGCGAAGGCAUGAACAUUUACAAACGACGAUCAGCACCUGAUGGGAAGGAGGUGGAGGAUCAGGAGACAGGAGCGGCUGAAGCAAACGCAGAGGACAUGCUGUAUACUCCUCUCAGUCGCUGCUGCAACAUAACCUGCACCUGCGUGUGUCACCUAAAGAGACCCGGCAUGAUGCUCAUAUGGGUGCCUGUGGAUGAAGACUCUCCACGUGGGCAGGGUCAGAUCAACAGGGAAGGGCGGAGAGAAGAGAAAGAUGUGAGGGGACAGAAAGCAAAUCAAAUAGAGGCACUGCAAAGAGAAGAACAGGACGUUGGAGGACAGGAACAAGAAUAUGAGUCUGAAUUACCAGCACAGAAGAAGGAGGGGGAGCUGAAGGCAGCAGAGGAUAAGGUGGAAAAGAACGACUCAGAGAAAAAGAGGGAUGAACACGAAGAAAAGAAUGAAGUGGAACAGCAGAAAGUAGAGAAAGCGUUCAAAGUGGGGAUGGAGGGAGAGCCGAAGGAAGCAGAGAAAACAGUGCAUGUCCAGAGAGAAGAGACAGCAGCUGAACUUACAAAGGAGAUGAAAGUGAGUGCAGCAGAUGGAGCACAUCAGCUUCCACAGGAUGGCGCACAUGGUGGAAAGGUUGGUGAGAAGAUUAAAGAGGGAGAAAAUGAAGGGAAGGGGAAGAAUGGGCCAAAAGAUGUGAAAAUGGCAAAAUCACAGUUCCAUCAGUCUCUGGAAAUUGCGCUGGCUGGGGGUCUGAAAAAACUUUCAGACCACAGUUCUCUGGCUUCCCUUACUCGCUGUCAACCUUUACCUCAAAAAAAUCCUCAGCCUCCACCGGUCCCAAGCCAACACCCAGAAGAUGACGAGGAGAGUAGUAUCUACGAACUCCAUCUACCUGACGCUGAUCGGGGCCCUAGAAAGCUCUCAUCUUCGAGGAAUGACUUGCAUGAAGUUCCUAAAAUAAAAGUCCACCAACCAGCUCGACGGGAGAAACCUUCCCACGGCCCCUCAGACACUAUACCUGAGCUUGAGAACACAACAGAACCGCCUCCCAUACUACCGAGGGUCCCUGUGAACGGUUCUCCGGUCUACAAUGGCAGCAACCUCACAACCAGUCGGGUCAGACCACAACUCCCCAAAACGUCUCCUCCAAGCAGCCCUCUGCUUCCUUGCAGACCCCCACCGGCUCCACCGAAGACCCACUCCAGGAGGGCCAGCAGUGUCUCAAUGCAGUCUGCCAACUUGUCAGAAGAAGAAGAUAAAAGAAAUGGAGAGGAAGAAGACACAGACCAGUCUCCAGUCAGAAAGACGUUUUCAUUCAAGUUGUGUCUGACAGACGAGCCUCUGUACCAAACGUACAACGACUUCGCAAUCAAAAAGGAGAUUCAUCGGCAGACCGUAAUCCGAAACAUCAGCAAAACUAGCAUGGACUACGCUACGGAAUUUGCGGCGCGCUUCAGCGAAAAACCAUCUGGAAAGUCAAAUGGGAACUUUGUAGCCAGAUUGAGCCCUGUGCCCACAGUGAGUCAAACCACCUUGUGGCAGGAACUCCCAAACGUACGGGAGAGUGGACUGCUGGACCAGCUCACUGUUAACCAGAUCAAGUACCAGGAGAGCAUGUUUGAGGUCCUGACCUCAGAGACUUCCUACCUGCGGUCCCUCUACGUUCUGACUGAGCACUUUAUGGAAAACCGGGAGCUGGCAGGGACAAUCAUCAUUAGUGAAAGGAAAACACUCUUCUCCAACAUCCUGAAGGUCCGCGAGGUCAGCGAGAGGUUCCUGAAAGACCUCGAAGAGCACAUUUUCAAGGAGAUCGUUUUCCCAGACAUAUGCAACAUCCUCCACUAUCACGCCCAGCACAACUUUUCCACCUACAUCGACUAUGUCCGCAACCAGACCUACCAGGAAAAGACCUUCAGUCGACUCAUGAAGACUAAUGAACAGUUCGCCACAGUCAUCAACCGCCUUCAGGAGCUGCCUCAGUGUCAGCGGCUGCCCUUCAUCUCCUUCCUGCUGCUGCCUUUCCAGCGAAUAACACGCAUCAAGAUGCUCAUCGAGAACAUCUUGAAGAGAACAAAAGAGGGGACGCCAGAGGAGCAGACCGCCUCCAAGGCUCUGGCCUCUGUCUCUAAGAUCAUUGAUCAGUGUAACAGAGACGUAGGAAAGAUGAGGCAGAUGGAAGAGCUGAUUGAAAUCUCGAAGGCGCUUGAGUUUGAUAAGCUCAGGGCCAUCCCGAUCAUCUCUGAGACCCGAUUUCUGGAGAAGAAGGGAGAGCUGCAAGAAAUGUCAAAAGCAAAAACCUUUGUGAACAUGAGGGCCAAGUUCUCUGCGGUUUACCUCUUCCUUUUUAACGAUUACCUGCUAAUUACCGUCAAGAAAAGUUCAGACCGUUACGUGGUGAUGGACCACACUCAUCGAUCUCUGGUGCAGGCUCAGCCUUUGGAUGAAUGUUUUGGUGGCGCAACCUACGAGAACUGCUUCAACCUCGUCAUGCUGGAAAACCACCAGGGACGCGCAAUGGAGCGGCUCCUCAAAGCCCCAACCAAGUCGGACAUGCAGAGAUGGUUGGCAGCUUUCCCCAGCACCACCAAAGAAGACGUCGACGAAGAAGUGAUUUAUGAGGACUGGGAUUGUCCUCAGGUGCAGUGUGUGGAGCAGUACAUCGCCCAGCAAUCAGAUGAACUCGGCCUGGAGCCCACUGAGAUCGUUAACGUCAUCCGCAAAACCAAUGAGGGCUGGUACGAAGGGAUGCGUCUGUCUGACGGUCAGACGGGCUGGUUCCCCGAUACGAACGUCAUCGAGAUCACCAACGAGCACGUCAGGAGAAGAAACAUCAAGGAGCGCUACAGGGUCUCUCAGGCUACGAUGAUGGUGAAAUACGGCAAGGCCCGCUGAGUACGUCUACACCGGUCAUACACUCUAAGGACAAUAAGACGGAAGAUCCCAGUGAACGCUGUUUAUCAGCAAACACCUUGUGAAUAAUCCCCUAACUUAUACCACUGAAGCAACGCAGAACUAAAAUACGAUCCAAAUCAGAUGCUAAAAACGCAGCAUGCACUUUUAACUAUGACUGGGAAACUGUACGUGCCCAUCAUUCUUUGCAUUUCUUGAGAUACUAGUUAACGAGUCAUGCACAUUCUACCGUUCCUGCUAUGUCAAACAUCCUGCUGACUGUCACUGAGGCGGCAAAGUUUUCAAGUAUCUGAGCUGUGAACGCGCUAGAGUGAAGAUCUGCCGAUCACCUCUGGAUAUUUAAAACCGAUUGUGCUGCAAUACUACGCCUCCUACAGUUCUGUAGAAAGAAAAAUGUAAAUAUGUUGAAAAAUGUAAAAGGGUGUUUUGAUUAAACUAGCAGUUGUACUUUUAAUAA